GCUCAGUCACACAUUUUUAAUGGCGGAUGUUGUUGAUAUAUCAGUUAUACUGCACUUAAAAUUCCGGUUUUAUUUUUUUCCAUUAGGCCAAGAAUAAAGACUACAGUAUGCGUGUCGUCAAGUUUAUCAAAUAUUAGCGUAUUGUAAUAGAAUCUUAUCACAGUGAUGUCUGUGACGUGCGAUAAACUAUGAAGUGUGGCAAUGUCGCGUUGUCGUUAGACUUAUUGAAUUAGUGAUUUAGGUGGCGUGAGGCUCGGGUCCGUGCUGACUGAAAAAUAACUGGAGAAGGUUUCGCGAUGGGCGCGCAGCAGGCAAAGGAGCGCGGCACGGCGAGCGGCGCGUCCAUGCGCUCGGCCCGCGCCAAGCCGCGGGUGCCGAAGGACCCCCGGAUGCUGGGCUCUAACAUAUUUACGGAACACAGCGAGGCGCUGCUUCAGAGCCGGCCUCUGCCGCACAUCCCGGACCUGCCGGACGGCGAGGCGGGGUGCGCGCCCGCCGCUGCGCCCGCGCCGCCAACACCGCAGCCUCUAGAUUCGGCCAACAGAUGGACGUCGAAGGAGAACUUGCUGGCGCACCACGAGGAGGACGACCCGCAGCUGUUCGUGGCGCUGUACGACUUCCAGGCGGGCGGCGAGAACCAGCUCAGCCUGAAGAAAGGCGAGCAAGUCCGCAUCAUGAGCUACAACAAGAGCGGCGAGUGGUGCGAGGCGCACACGCUGGGCGGCGGCGUGGGCUGGGUGCCCUCCAACUACGUGACGCCGGUCAACUCGCUGGAGAAGCACAGCUGGUACCACGGGCCCAUCUCCAGGAACGCCGCCGAGUACCUGCUCAGCUCGGGGAUCAAUGGCAGCUUCCUGGUUCGCGAGUCCGAGUCGAGCCCCGGACAGCGGAGCAUCUCGCUGCGGUUCGAGGGCCGCGUGUACCACUACCGCAUCAACGAGGACGCCGACGGCAAGGUGUACGUGACGUCAGAGUCAAUGUUCGGCACUUUGGCCGAGCUGGUGCACCACCACUCCAUGCUGGGCGACGGGCUCAUCACCCAGCUGCUGUACCCGGCUCCCAAGAGGAACAAGCCGACGGUGUUUCCCCUGGCACCGCCUGACCACUGGGAGAUAGACCGGACGGAUAUAGUGAUGAAACACAAGCUGGGGGGCGGACAGUACGGAGACGUGUACGAGGCGGUGUGGAAACGAUGCAACACCACGGUGGCGGUGAAAACUCUGAAGGACGACACGAUGGCGCUAAAGGACUUCCUUGAGGAAGCCGCCAUCAUGAAGGAGAUGCGACACCGGAAUUUGGUGCAGCUCCUGGGCGUGUGCACCCGCGAGCCGCCGUUCUACAUCAUCACGGAGUUCAUGUCGCGCGGGAACCUGCUGGACUACCUGCGCGCCGCCGCGCACAGCUCGCCGCCCGACGCCGUCGUGCUCAUGUACAUGGCCACGCAGAUCGCCUCCGGGAUGAGCUACCUCGAAAGCAGGUCGUUUAUACACAGAGACCUAGCGGCCCGCAACUGCCUGGUGGGCGAGAACCACCUGGUGAAGGUGGCGGACUUCGGGCUGGCGCGGCUGAUGCGCGACGACACGUACACGGCGCACGCGGGCGCCAAGUUCCCCAUCAAGUGGACGGCGCCCGAGGGGCUCGCCUACAACACCUUCAGCACCAAGUCCGACGUGUGGGCCUUCGGCAUUCUGCUCUGGGAGAUCGCCACCUACGGCAUGAGCCCCUACCCGGGCGUCGACCUCGCCGACGUCUACCACAUGCUCGAGAAGGGCUACCGCAUGGAGUGCCCCCCGGGCUGCCCCGCGGCGGUGUACGAGCUGAUGCGCGGCUGCUGGCAGUGGGCGCCGCAGGACCGGCCCAGCUUCCGCGACAUCCACCACGCGCUCGAGCACAUGUUCCAGGACAACUCCAUCACCGAGGAAGUAGAGAAGCAGCUCCUAGAGACGGGCGGGGGUGCGGGCAGCGGCAGCGGGGGCACGCCGCAGAUGUCUCUGAAGAAGGGCGGCGCGGCGGCGGGGGCGGGCGCGGGCGGCGAGCGCGCCGUGCAGAUGAGGAGGCCCACCAACAGGCGCGGCAAACAGGCGCCCACGCCGCCUAAGAGGACUAGCUUGUUGUCGUCGUGCAGCUCGUUCCGCGAGUCGCAGUACGCGCCCGAUGAGCACGAGGACUCGCUCUCCUCCCUAAACGGUGGUGGGGGGCGCGCGGCGGCGGGUGGGGGGUGUCGCGAGGCGUCGCCGGAGCACACGCCGGACACGGACGAGUCGUGCGAGCGGGAGCGCACGCGCAACAAGCGGCGGCAGGCGCGCGCGCCGCUCACCGUGGCCGCGCUCGAGGUGCAUAACGUGAAGAGGGCGAUCAACAGAUACGGCACGCUGCCGAAGGGCGCGCGCAUCGGCGCCUACCUGGAGUCGUUGCGGCAAAGCGGCUCGUCCACGUCCGGCAGCGGCGGCGGGGGUGGCGCGGGCGGGGGCGCGGGGGAGGAGGCGCGCUGCCUGUCGCCGCGGCCGUCGCGCGGCGCCCCGCACAUGAUCCGCUCCAACUCGUCGGGCGGCGUGACGGCGCCCGCGUCGCCGCGCGCCCCGCUGCGCUCGUUCGCCGGCAGCCCCGCCAAGCCCCGCCCGCGCCUCGCCGAGCUCGAGUUCCCCCCGCCGCCCCCGGACCUGCCCCCGCCGCCUGAGGAGCCCCAGCCGCCGCCCCCGCCGCCCGAAUCUACUUCCACUAAUGAGGACCGCGACUCCCUGGAGCGGCUCGCGAAGCAAUCUAUGAAAGAGAUGUUGGAGCUGAAACUAGUGGCUGAGAUCAAGGAGCGGGCGGACAAGAAGAAGCAGUCGCUGCAGGAGUCCCCGCCGCCCGCCGCCGCGCCCGCCCCCGCCCCCGCGCCCGCCCACCACGACCCCGCCACCAGGCUGGUGUGCGAGCUGUCCGCCAGCCUCAACAUGGAGCCCCGGCACAGCGACAAGGGUGACGGGGAGGUCGGCAGCAGCCAGACGGUGUCGCCGAUAGACCUGAAGGCGGGGCUGCGGAAGACGGCGUUCGUAGGCGCCGAGCACAGGCGCCCCGACGACAAGGCCGCCACCGACUUCAAGGCGCAGCUCAAGAAGGUGGAGAGCAGCAAGAAGGGCGCGAGCAAGGAGGCGGAGGAGAGCGGGCGCGUCAUCAUAGACCUGAAGGCGAGGCUGCGGCGCGUGGACGCCGGCGCCGCCAACGGCGCGCUGCGGGGCGCCAGCGAACAGAGUUCCCCCGAGGACAGCAAGAGGAGUGAGGAGAGCGCUGAGGCGGGGGGAGGCGGCGGGGGCGGCGAGGAGGAGGACAAGAGGCGGAGCACGGGCAGCAUCAGCAGCCUGAAGAAGCUGUGGGAGCGGGACGGCGACACCUCGCCCGAAGACAACGCCAGGAAUGCGCACUCGGUAGGUGGCGCUGGCGUCGGGCGCAGCGGCAGCGUGAACUGCCGCGAGCAGAAGCCGGCGGUGCCCAGCAAGCCGGCCGGCAAGGGCAAGCUGAAGGGCAUCUACGCCACGCCCGUCGCCGACGACGACCCCAUGGCGCAGCUGCGGGCGGCGCUGCUGCUCUGCACUAACGAGGUGAAGCGCGGCGGCAGUCGCGGCUCGCUGUGGCGGCUGCAGACGUCGGAGCGGCUGGCGCAGCUGGCGGCGCGCUGCGUGGCGGCGGCGGCGGCCGGCGCGCCCGCCGCCCGCCUGCCGCUGCGCGCCGCCGCCGCCGCGCUGGAGGGCGAGGCGCGCGCGCUGGCCUCGCCCGCGCCGCUCCGCGCGCCCGCCACCGACCACCUCGACCGCGCGCUCGAGCAGCUCGCGCAACUCGUCAAUAGGUAAGCGGGCGCGGGUGGGCCGCGACCGUAUUAUUUAUUAGAAGCGUGGAGAGGAUGAGCCGAGUUCCCUGUGCCGGUCAGCCAACCAAAGACGCGAGCCGCGGUGCACGACUCCACAAGUAUUACGUGUUGUAUUAUGUAGUUAGCCGCCGCUUCCCGCUUUAUGUACAAGACUGAUGCGCGCCAGCUCCGAGCGCGCGCCGCUCGGCCCGCGCGGGAUUUGACUUAUUGCAAAGCCGGCUCCACGGCAGGGUUCUCUGACACCUAGCAUCACGUGCCAAGUUUUGCUAGAUGUCAGCAAACACAAACUGUGUUGCAGGAGACCUGUCUCACUUUGUGUCUAGGAGCUGUGAGCAUAUUUUGUUAGGUGGUAUUAAUGCGAUAUAAUUUUUAUUUUGUAUGACUAAAAUAAAAAGGCUUCUCGGCUUGAGGUUCUCUGUUAGAUGACGGAUAGCAGCCUGUCUCGUUCUUCCUUGCGCCACCCCGGUCUGAUCCUCUAGCGAGAAGCUCGGCUUUUGGUCCUGACCUUAAAGUGGAUGAGGCUGCUUUUCCAUAGACGCGGAGCAAAGACGUCCUAUUGGUCAAUAUUUGGUCGUUUCUCCGCUGCGCUCAGUGAGCAGGCAGCCCGAGUCAGGCGGCCCUGCGCGGGCGCACCGUUCGACUUGCUGCGAAUUAGUUUACUGUGAUAGCCGACAUCGGAUCGCCUCCUAUCAUAUUAUGCUCAAUAUGUUGUUUUUCAUUACAUUUACUUACUGUAUUAGGUAAUUGAAAAAUUAGGGUAUUUAAAUGAAGUAUAUUAUUAUGUAAACAUACAUUUAGCGCGAGCGGUCAUAGGUAUCAUUUAUAUUGAAGUUAUAUAAGUAUAACACUGAUAUAUGCUAGUCUUUAUUAUAUUAUAACAUAUUUCGUUUUAAGAGUAAAUAUUAUUUGUAAGUUCUCUAGAAUAGAUUCGCGUACAAUCAUCCAACUUUUUAGCAAUCAUGAUUAAGAAUUUUUUACUCUCCGCGGACGAAUGUUACCGCAUGUACUCUAUGUAUGUAUGUCUGUAUGAUCAUGUAUGUCUGUCUGUACAUUAUCGGAGUGCGAGGGGCGGGGCGAGGGCGGCCUAUGCGCUUUUAUAUUUAUACUGAGAUUGCAGCAUUUAUUGAGAUUAUUCCGGAGUCCGACCCGCCCCGUCGUAAUUACAGGCUAAUUAAUGUACCAGUAGUGUGCUCAUAGUCUCGAUGGAAUGGUGUUUAAUCUUUGGUCAUUUAUACAAAUAGAGAAAACUACAUUUCAUCGGGACGGUAGAAAUAAGAAGACAAUAGAAGUGGUAAUAAGUAAUGGCGAUCACAACUCUGCCAUCAGCCCCAUGCCGCUCCGCAUUGCACCUCAGUUCAGAGUAUUGACAGUGCGUAUUAAGAUGAAGUCACAUUACUCCUUUCAGUUUAAUAUGCCAUUUCUAUUGUCUUAUUCUGAUUAGUAAUGUCAACACGGGCCACGCCGCGGUGCGGCUUUCCGUCAUUGCAGUAGCUGCACGGACGCCGCCCGCGACGCGCUCGCGGGGCUGUCGCAGCCGAGCGGCUAAAUUGCUGUUCAGUCAGACAGCUAGCCAUAUGACUAAACGCCGCCAUUCAACAAGAAGACAUAUCUAACUUGAAGCAAUCAUAGUAAAUCGUUGGAGCGGUCACAGAGAAAAUUCAACUCGAUGAUUUAUUUAUAAAGCUUACCAAUAGUCGAUACAUUAUGACGUGAACAUUGCACUUAUGUUCCAAACAUAAAUAAAUAAAUUCUAAUUUCUCGAUCAAUCACAGGUAAACCCAGCAUGUUGUGGGGAAUAAUGCUUAUUUAAAAAAAUAUAUAUUUUAAGAAAUAUAUACAAUUGACAGUAAAAAAAACUUAUAAGUCUUUUAAAAGCUAUGUUAUUUAAUCGGUAUAUUCCCAAUCGUCGUGACGGCGCUAGUUUCGUUUAGUUGGCAGCGGCCGGCCGCGUGCAGUCAGCGGGUAGCCGUGUGGUUGAACAGCUAUUUUCACCUUUUGGCUGCGACAUAUACGUCGUCGUUUGUCGGACACAUGAAAGUGAUGCAUUUAUAUCAAUAUUCUAUACCUAUUGUAUUGUGACAUCGCUUUUCUUAAAUUAUUAAAUAAUGCAACAUUUGUAAUAUGGAAUUAUACAAUUCUUGUAGAACUGGAAAUCUGUUGCAACCUAUAUAUCUCCCGAAGAUGCGACGCUUAUGUUGUCUCCAAUUGUAUUCGCAACGUCGGGUUGGUCAGUGAUUUCGGUGCAGUUCCUUUUUAAACGCAUAAACGUUUAUUAAUGCAGUUUUUGGAGAUCUUUUGAAUUAUUGUAUAUAAAACAGCAAUGUAAAAUGUUCUGAAGUGUAAUUGAAAUAAUGAAUCGGCUCAAUGUUGAGAUUUUUUGUAGCACACCAAAUAUUUUAUUCAUAAAUAACAAUGUCAUAAAAUAAAAUAGCAUCAAAAACAGUUUAAAAAUUACAUAGUAAGAUUAAUUUUAAUAUAAAAUUGAGCUUUGCGUGGAUUUGCUACUGUCUAAUGUAAUUAAUUGAUUAAGUUUAAUGUAAUUCUGAGGGCCAUAGUGAUCUUCACUUUCAUGGUACGGUCAUAUUGCGACGCUCUUGCCGGCACAUGCUGGAUGACUCGACUACACCGUGUGGGGCGGGGCGCGGUUAAGUAGCAGUAACUCACUAACAACCAGCACCGACAACGUUGGGAACAACUCCGGCCUCGGCUUGUCUUUGUAAUAGUCAUGAUGGAUAGAAAUUUGAUUUCAUAACAACUUAUACAUUGGUGAAAUAGUCGCAUCAAUAAGCAAACUGCCUAAAGUAAUACUAACACAUUAUUUGGGCGACUCCAUAAAGCUCUUUGCAUAAUGAUAGAUACUUUCACAACUUGGUAUCUUGCUCGCAUCAUGAACCUUUUUUUUUGGCAGCCAACUUAUGCGUUUAUAGAUACGAUGUUUUAAAAAGUUGUUACGUUUUUUUUAUGCACUGAUGACAUAGUUAUACAUUUGUGGCUUCAAAAUUACAACUGAAAAUUGAGGUAGAUCAUGGUUACAUCCGUAUUGGAGGCUGGGGCCCGACACAGUGUAGCGGGGGUCAUCAUGUGAUGGGCGAUUUUAUUCUCAUUAUUGUGUCGGAUUAUAAUUUGUUGUUGAAACUGCCCAUAGAUCACUAGGUUAAUCACGAUGCCAACCAGUGUUGACGAUUUUUAAAUAUAUAGAUAUAAAUAUUGCCAUUUUUAAGAUAGAAUAAUACAUAGUAACAUGUUCAGUGUCUUCCGCUUCAAGCGCGUAUUUCAUCUCAAUUUAGAUCCCAAGUGAUUCAGUGCCCGAGAGCGGCGAAAUAGCAUUUGGGAAGUUUCUAUAUGAAAUACGCGCUUUUUGAAUGACUUAUUUUUUAACUUAAAAUCAAUUUAAUUACGACGUAACAUGUCGCGUCGCUGGAGCGCGGGACCCCGUAGGAAUGGUUCCCCGAGCUACCCACCCCGCUUUAUAACAAAUUUACAUCAGAGAAUUCAACAUCACGUUCUCGAAGGUCGCUGCGUUCGGCUUUCAGCUAUGAUAUACAAUAGAUUCCAAAGAUACCCAUGUCAGAUUGUAAUGGAAUAAAAUGUUUCUUUACGA